AUGAGGAACUUGCAAUCAAGCCAACUAACAGUGGGAGUGCUGAACAAUACCCUCACCGAGGCCACAGCGCUCAUGAAGAAACUCGACACUCCGAAGGCGAGUCUCGCCAAGAUUGAGCUUCUCGUGUUCCUCGCGGCCUUGCUACUAACCUGUCUCACCAUUUGGGGCUCGUCGAGGCGUCGGCACAUCCACCCGGUGCUCAACAACGUGUUAUGGGCAGCAUACACCCUCUCAAGCUACCUCAUCACGUACACGAUUGGUCUCAUGACUGAAUCUUCGUUCCGAAACGACCUGUUCCCGGUUUGGGCUGUUUUUUUGUUAAUCUUCUUCAGCAGCUCCGACUCCUUCUCCGCCUACAGCCUCGAGGACAAUGAGCAGUGGAAGAACUAUGCUUGGCAAUAUUUGAUCACGAACUUUGCGUUAGCCACGUUGUUGGUCGUGUACGCAAGCCCAUCGCCGAUGUUCACGGGGGUCGUGUAUCUAUUAAUGAUCGUGCAGGUCAAGGUCAGUGAAAGAGCAACGUCUCUCAGGAUGGCGAGUGGGUAUGGCCUACAGAGUACCACCAAAUUGAUCGCUGACUACAUGAGCUCUGAACACCUGCUGCCGAAUGAGCCUGAUCCGAACCAGUCUGAUCCGAACAUGACUAAUCCAAUGAGAGGAUACAAGUAUGUUGUGAUAGGGGAAGAGGAAAGACGGUUAGGCUGGAACCCCUACAAGUGGAGAGAGGAACAAGCUCAAGCAAGAGUGGAAGAGCUGACCCGCCGCAAGCCAUUGGAGAUUACGGACGAAGUGAUCACGGUCGAGAAGGUGUGGGCAUGCAAAGGAUCUCUUUUGAGCUCGACAGGCGGGGACCAAGACGGCAAGCUCAAGGACAUUUGCCUCUCGUUUUCGCUCUAUAAGCUUCUCUCCUUGAGAUUUGGCGGCUAUUCAUUGCCCAAAGAAGCUCAUGAAAAGACGUGGAAGUUGAUUCAACACGGUUUGCUCGCGAACGAAAAUGGCUUGGAGCGUGCAUUUAGGGUCGUUGAGCUAGAGCUUUCCUUUCUCUUCGAUUUGUUCUACACCAAUUACCCAGUCAUCUUCUACCCUGGACGUCGGAAACGAAAGCUGAUGGUGUUCUAUUUUUUGGUCAUUGGUUCUUUGUCGAUUAUUUUGUUUUGUUUCACGUGGCACUACUUGAAGAAACCCCUAGAUGUAGUUCAAUUGGCUACUCCCGGUGGGUUGAACAUCGACAUUCUCGUGACAACGGUAAGUCUUGUGGUAUUCUUAUGUUUGGAGUUUGCGCAGCUUCACUUCAUGAACAUCUCGGAUUGGGCAAAAGUAUCAUUGCUAUGUCAGUACGUACGGGAAACCUCGUGGCAUGGGAACGAACGGAUCGAGAAGAAGAUAGGACGGAUAUGCCGGAAAUCGCGGGAGCCUUGGGAAAGGAAACUUGGCCAAUACUCGCUUCUCAAGUCGCAUGGCUACGCCCCUUCGUGGUGGCUAUCCAACGGCUUCACAGCAACUUAUAUUGAUCCCCCAAGGGACGGUCAACAACAAAGCGAGCCCAUCGAAUUGUCCUCGGUGGUGAAAAAAGCCGUUUUGGAUUCUUUAAUAUUGAAUCAUGAGGAAUUGAAGAAUGGAAAAGCUUCUUUGACACAGAACAACGGGGUUCAGCUCUUGUGGGCAUGUGGGCUCAAGACGCAGACUCGAGUAAUUUUUGCGUGGCAUAUUGCCACAAGUAUUUGUGAGCACGAGGUGGAUAUUCCCACGAGUAUUGGCGAGGACGAGGAGAAGAUUGCACGUUCGAACUUCGUCAUAGCUACCAACUUGUCCAAAUAUCUCGCUUACUUGGCAGCGUUCUCUCCGAAGUUGUUGCCCGAUCACCCGUUCGACGCGGAAUGUGCUUUUAAUCAGAUCAUCUUCGACACAAGAGACUUGCUCAAAGGCGGUAGAGUGAUAAACCAAGGAGCGCGGUUAGGUCACGAACUGCUGCAACCGAAAGGAGAAGAAGGAGGUUCGGAGCUCAUUUGGAAGGUAUUGGCUGACUUUUGGGCAGAACCGAUGGCGUAUGUGGCUCCGUCGGAUGACAUCAAAACACAUGCGGAGCACUUGGCGAAGGGUGGGGAGUUCGUGACUCGUGGGCGUUGGCCUCUCAUGGCAACAUUAGGCGACCCUAGCCAGAGCUAG